CUCUCGCUCUCUGUGCGGCUCGCAGCUUGAGGAAAUAGUAAUGGCGACGAGUGAGGAGAAGGCGAAGGAGAAGGAAGGGAGCAACCUACUGGGCUCGCCGACCUUCAAGGAGCUCGAAAAUGGUCGAUUCCAGUGCGUUGAGACAGGCCAUGAAGUGGUGGCCAAAGACAAGGAAAUUUACUCUCAGAGCAAGCGGUGCCGUUUGGGUCUGGUCGACUUUGCCCUUUCCCAUAAGAAACCUCCUCUCAACAUGUUCAAGCAAGACCCUCUUUCUCGUUCAAAGUUGGUGUGUAAGCUUACCGGGGAUACUAUCAAUAAGUCAGAGGAACACAUUUGGAAGCAUAUCAAUGGCAAACGGUUCCUCAACAAGCUAGAAGAAAAGGAAGAACAGAAGCUAAAGCCGGAUGGGAUGGUAGAAAAGCUGGAUGAUCAGAACCCUGAAAUAGUACCUGAGCCGGACACAGAUGGUGUCAGAAAGAAAAAAAAGAAGAAGAAGACGAAGAAGAAGAAGAAGGAAAAUGGAGUUGAUGAGACUAUCUCUGACAUAAGGAAGUCUUCUGAUGAGGAAAGUGAUUUAGAAGAAACUGACUUUUGGAUGCCUCCAGUAGGAGAACGUUGGGACUUUGAUGAGGGAGGCGAUAGAUGGGGUUCCGGUUCAGAGUCAGAGAAUGAGGAUGACGAAGUUGAUGGAGCUGUUUCAGAUGGUGUAGUUGAAGAUGGUGAGGAGGAGUCAGAAGAGCUAUCCAUGCGGACAAAAAGAAUGUCCAUAGAAAUUGGACCAAGCAGCUUUGCUUCAAGGAAGAAGAAGAGUAAAAAGAGCACUACAUGAUCGGCCAAUCAUAUUAUCUUCAAUCUGCGAUAUUAGGGCAAGGCAAGAGAUUAAUUGUUUUGAGCAACUUGUCUAGGCAAGAGAUUAAUUGUUUUGAGCAACUUGUCUAGGCAAGAGAUUAAUUGUUUUGAGCAACUUGUUCUGAAUAGAGAGACGUGAAGAAAGAACUGCGAUUUUUCAAGCUCGUUUAGGUGCGAUUUUUCAAGCUCGUUUAGGUGCGAUUUUGGAAUAGGUCAAAAAUCUGUUUUAUGCUCGUGUGAAGGUUGUACUUUUACUCUUUAAGUUAAUAUAUCAAAACAUUAUUUCACUAACAAGCUGGUUUGAAUGUUGUAUUUUCA